UUGUUGGGUCUAUCUGCCAGUACACAUGCCUUGGAGAUAUGUACCUGUGAGCUUGGGGUGGUGCCAGUCUGUUUUACUAUGGUUACAACUUGACAGACUUAUGUGAAACCUGCUCUCAUCAGUCUAGCUUCACUUCCACAGCAGCAUAAAUUUAGAUAGGAACUGUAGUUCUUUCAUCCGAUGAUUUACACAUGUAACCCAGACACUGUGAAAAACAAGCUUUGUUUCAGUUCGUAAGAUGGAAGAAUAUCUACAGUUUGAAGAAGAAGAGAUGAAGCAGGAAAAGAAGGAAGGAAAAGAGCAUGAGCACAUUGAUGAUGAUGAUGAUGAUGAUGAGACAGUUCCAUUAAUUCCUGUACCAGAAAAUGAGAGAUCACUAGUGGUCAACAUUGACAGCUCUUUAAAAGAGGAAAAAAUUGAAACAGAAACCAAGACCUCUGAAGAAAAGGAAACCACAGUAUCAGCCAAAGCAAUCACUCUGAAGUAUGUUUCCUUAGUUACUCUGGUCUUUCAGGCAACCUCUUUAGUAUUAAUAGUGCGACAUUCUCGGACAUUAAAAGAAGAUGGACCACGUUACUUGGCAUCUUGUGCAGUUGUCAAUGUUGAACUGAUGAAGUUUGCAGUUUGCUUUCUUUUGGUCUUCAAAGACAGCAAUUUCAGCAUAACAGGCCUCAGUAAGGUGUUGCAGGAAGAAAUAGUUAAGAAGCCAAUGGACGUGCUGAAACUUUCUAUUCCUGCAGGGCUUUACACAUUACAGAAUAACCUUCUUUAUGUUGCACUGUCAAAUCUCGAUGCAGCCACAUAUCAGGUAACAAACCAAUUCAAAAUUAUCACAACUGCAAUGUUUUCUGUGACCAUGCUUGGCAAAAAACUAAGUAUUUAUCAGUGGAUUGCUCUAAUACUUUUAAUGGCUGGAGUUGCACUUGUUCAGUUACAUACACAUUCUGAAGAAAGUGAUUCAUCUUCAGGUUCACAAGUAAUAGGACUUCUGGCAGUUUUUAUAGUGUGUUGUUCCAGUGGGUUUGCUGGAGUUUACUUUGAGAAGAUUUUAAAGGAAACCAAGCCAUCUUUAUGGGUUAGAAACAUACAGCUUGGAAUCUCUGGAAUUUCAUUUGGCAUAAUUGUUGUUUUGAUAUUUGACUUGGAACAUGUGAAGCAGUACGGAGUGCUUCAAGGCUUCAACUAUAUCACCUGGAUAGUUAUAACUCUUCAGGCUCUUGGAGGACUUGUGAUAGCGACAGUAAUGAAGUAUGCUGACAAUAUAUUAAAAGGAUUUGCUACAUCAUUGUCCAUAAUUCUGUCAGCGGUGAUUUCCAUUUUCUGGUUAAAGGACCUUGAACCAACCAGUAUGUUUUUCACAGGAGCAACUCUCGUAUUGCUAGCUACAUUCUUAUACAGUUAUGAGAUAAAGUCCAAUGGAAAUUCCAGCAAAGCAUCAAACAAUGUGAAUGGUAUUCAUUCUGCUCUGAAAUGAAGAACAAGGCAUGGAAAAAAAGUAUUACUUAACAUGCUGCUGCCAUCUAGUGGAUGAACUUAGAUAAGCUAUAUCUAUAGUUUAUACAGACUAGCAAGUGCCAUGACUGAAAGAGAAUGUUACUUUGUCAAACUAAAGUUUUUAUCU